CCCCGCCCGGAGCUCGGAUCCCGGGACAGAGUCCGGACGAAGCGGACCAGGAGGAGACGCCGAGGCGAGGAGGCGCCGCGCCCGCCCGGCUCCCCGAUCCCCGCACGGCGGCCGCAGAUCCUUGGCAACCAGUACAAGAUUGUGUUGAUAUCACGUGGAGGAGGGAGUGCUCAUCUUGCUCAGGAACUAACAACUUGCAGAGCCAGAAGCCAAGGCAAAAUUGGAUCAUACAAAUGAGAUCAAAAUGGGAAAACCCAGACUUGUUUAAGUGAGCCAGCUUUAGUGAAGUGAGGCAUUUGGCACAUCAGAGACACUGUCUUUCAUGGGACUUCCUUUAUGAACAGCUUCCCUAAAACACUUUUAUGCACAUUGUGCUUCAAUCAAGUCCCCAAAGAACAGAUUUGUCUUCUCAUCUGCUGGACAUUUUAAGGUGUGAUCUUACCAUAGAUGACCCAUCAAAAGGUCCUUGCAGCCACUGGCCAUUCCUGGGUGCUGGAUUAAGACAUCAAGAUUACACUAAUCCAAUGAUAUCCAAGGGGAUCCUCCACUCAGCUGUCAAAACACUUCUGCUCCCCAAGAUGCUUCUAACUCAAUGGUAGAUGCAGGUGGAUUUGGGAGCAUCACCCAACAUCCCCAGGGGCUUCCUCAGAUGAUGGCUACAGCAGCUGAUGGUUUGGGGAGUAUAGCAAUAGACACCACCCAGCUCAACAUGUCUGUCACCGAUCCCACUGCUUGGGCCACAGCCAUGAAUAACUUGGGCAUGGUUCCCGUGGGGUUGCCUGGACAGCAGCUUGUGUCUGACUCAAUCUGUGUCCCGGGCUUUGAUCCAAGCCUCAACAUGAUGACUGGAAUCACCCCAAUUAACCCAAUGAUACCAGGCCUGGGGCUGGUACCACCUCCACCCCCAGCAGAAGUGGCUGUUGUUAAAGAAAUAAUCCACUGCAAAAGUUGUACUCUUUUUCCUCAGAACCCAAAUCUCCCACCUCCUUCCACAAGAGAACGACCUCCUGGGUGUAAGACUGUGUUUGUCGGAGGAUUACCAGAAAAUGCUACAGAGGAAAUUAUUCAAGAAGUCUUUGAGCAGUGUGGUGAUAUUACAGCAAUCCGAAAGAGCAAGAAGAAUUUUUGUCACAUUCGCUUUGCAGAGGAAUUCAUGGUUGAUAAAGCCAUUUACCUUUCUGGUUACCGAAUGCGAUUAGGGUCUAGCACAGACAAGAAGGAUUCAGGCCGCCUUCAUGUCGACUUUGCACAGGCCAGAGAUGACUUCUACGAGUGGGAAUGCAAGCAGAGGAUGCGUGCCAGGGAAGAGCGGCACAGGCGCAAACUGGAGGAGGACCGGCUGCGGCCACCCUCCCCGCCAACCAUCAUGCACUACUCGGAGCAUGAAGCUGCCCUGCUGGCGGAGAAGCUGAAAGAUGACAGCAAGUUUUCUGAGGCUAUCACAGUGCUACUUUCCUGGAUAGAACGAGGAGAAGUGAACCGGCGCUCUGCAAACCAGUUCUACUCCAUGGUGCAGUCAGCCAACAGCCAUGUCCGCAGGCUCAUGAAUGAGAAAGCAACCCAUGAGCAAGAGAUGGAGGAGGCCAAGGAGAACUUUAAAAAUGCCUUAACUGGGAUCCUCACUCAAUUUGAGCAGAUUGUGGCCGUUUUCAACGCUUCUACCAGACAAAAAGCUUGGGACCAUUUCUCGAAAGCUCAGCGCAAGAACAUAGACAUUUGGCGAAAGCACUCUGAGGAGCUCCGGAAUGCUCAAAGUGAGCAGCUCAUGGGCAUCCGCCGUGAGGAAGAAAUGGAAAUGUCUGAUGAUGAGAAUUGUGACAGCCCAACCAAAAAAAUGAGAGUGGAUGAAUCAGCCCUGGCCGCUCAGGCCUAUGCUCUUAAAGAAGAGAAUGACAGUCUGCGUUGGCAACUGGAUGCCUACAGGAACGAGGUGGAGCUGCUAAAGCAAGAAAAAGAACAGCUCUUCCGAACAGAGGAGCACCUCACAAAGGACCAACAGCUACAGUUCCUACAGCAAACCAUGCAAGGCAUGCAGCAGCAAUUGCUGACCAUCCAGGAAGAGUUAAACAGCAAAAAGUCAGAACUGGAGCAAGCGAAGGAAGAGCAGUCCCACACACAAGCACUGCUGAAAGUCCUCCAGGAGCAAUUAAAAGGUACCAAGGAAUUAGUGGAGACGAAUGGCCACAGCCACGAGGAUGCAAAUGAAAUCAAUGUGUUGACAGUUGCAUUGGUUAAUCAAGACCGAGAGAACAAUAUGGAGAAAAGAAGCCAGGGUUUAAAAUCAGAGAAAGAAGCUCUGCUAAUAGGCAUCAUAUCAACGUUUCUUCAUGUCCACCCUUUCGGAGCUAAUAUAGAGUACCUGUGGUCGUACAUGCAGCAGUUGGACUCCAAGAUAUCUGCCAACGAAAUUGAAAUGCUUCUGAUGAGGCUGCCGCGCAUGUUCAAACAGGAAUUCACUGGUGUGGGAGCAACGCUGGAAAAGAGAUGGAAGUUGUGUGCCUUUGAAGGAAUUAAAACUACCUAGCUGUGAAGAAUAAGAAAAUUCUGGAAAUGAAACCAUCUGAAGUUGGCUGGGGUUGUGCAGUAUAAAAGCAGGAGGAUUAGGUUUGGUCAGUGUGGCACCUGUGCAAAGCCACCAUGGUUUAGUGACAUCCCAUGGUAUUUUUCUUGUGAGUGGAAAUGUAAUUGUGUAACAGUUCCUCCAACAAAACAAAGCUUCAUACUGUGACAGAUCUGUUUCCUAUGAAUACCAAGCAGUGAUUCCACAGUCAUAAUGAUGGCAACAUCUUAAAAUAGUCUGCAUUUGAGAAUAGCUCACCAAGCAAAAUAUUUAAAGUUAAUGAUGUUAUUGCAAUGAUGGUUGCUAGGCUACAGAGUUGUAUAUGUAAUGUAUAGCUGAAAUCAUUAAAUAACAUUUUCCUGAAAGUCUUUGUGUUUUAGUUAAAAAAAAAUAAAAAUCAAAAAAGUAAUUUUACA